AUGAAUGUUGACGUGAACAGAUUACUUGCGCAGACUAAUUUUUGUCAUAUCGAUCGAUUAAUUGUGAGUAAAUUUGAUGCAGAUAUUCUAUCAAAAGUCAAUAACUUCUUCCUUUGGCUCGAGGAGCAAAAGGAAAUUGGAAAAGCGAUUAUACGGAAUGAAACAGGUCGCAUACGCUUACCAAAAACACCUAAACGGGGAUACUGUUUUUCACAGGAAGCGGAAACUUUUCGGAAGUGCAGGAAAAGGCUGCUAGAUAGUGCCACACGGAAAGGAACAUAUGCUUUUGCAAACGAUGAAAGUACUGCGACUUAUGCUGCACAAACUCCCAAAUCUUCGAGGAAUGCUACUGCGCAAGCUGUAAAACAGGAAGCAAUGUUAGCUGGCCGAAAAAUAUCAGUACAACAUGUACUCACUCCGAGGCAAUGUGUUCCAAAACACCAAACACCCAUUAAGGUGAAUAAUUGCCCUCCAAUUACAACUUGCAAUAAAACACCGAAACGAACACCUCUUAGAAAUGUAAUGACUCCUAAGAUUACCACACAAAAAAUUGAGGCUAAUCCGGGAUCCAUUGCCCGAAAAGCUACAGUUACUCCGAAGGCGACUGUUGAGAGAACUAUUGUCACUCCGAAAAUUGCUGGUAAAAAGAUUGCGGUUACUCCAAAACCGACUGCUCGACAACUAACAUUCAAGAGAUCUGAAGUAAUACGUAAAAUGGAGAAAAGAACGAAUACUGUGAUUAAAAACAAAGAAGAAUUGAUGAAAGAAAAGGCAGAGCGUGCGAGGAAAGAUCGUGAGGAACGAGCAUUGCGUGUGAAAAUGAACAAUAAGAAGAAAGAAGAAGAAGCGCUCGAGAAGCUUCGGAUAAUAAAAAUGCGCGAACAACAAAUCGAAGAAUUGAGACAGAAGCAACGCUUAUCUCAAAGAGCCGUCUCAAAAUCACCCUGCCGUACCAGAGGCUAUUAUAAUCGCAUACAGAAACCGCUCGUUCGUGCAAAAUCUUCACAAGACAUUUCUGCACCAAAGGAUGCCUCACAAAAAGAGAUGACAAAGAAUAGACAGGAAAAGCUUAAAUUCCAAGGAAAACGAAACCACGUCGAUAGCAUCAAACAGGAUGUCGAUAUCGAAAAUAAAAAACAGAAGCUAGAUUUAGUGGAGUGCAGUGAAAGAGAUAACACUGAAAGACGUUCCAUCGAGACUGACACGCAAGAAGUGUUGAACGAAAAGCUUGUCAAUGAUCAAACUCAUACUGAACGUGCUGAGAAUGACGAUGAGAGAAAUUCUAAAGGGAGCUCGCAAAGUAAUAUACACGUAGCUACUCAACCAAAAGAAACUCCUGCAGUAAACGAACAAGAAGUGCAGGGAUCUUUGCAGAAUUGUGAUGUUAAUUCUGACAUCAUAAUGCAUUCACCUACGGUUGAGAGUUCGAGGAUAAAUGAGAAAGAAAAUUUAGAUGAACCUUCGCAAGUUAUGGAAGUUGACAUUCUCACUGCCGAGACAAGCACUAUAAGUAAUCGAACUUUUGAUAAAAGCAUGAAUGUAACGAACAAUGAAACGUUAGAUGAUAUUAGUAAUAACUAUGAUGUUGAGAGCAUUUCGUCGAAUGAUGAGACGGAUGAUGAGGAAAAUCCACGAAAACCAAUUCCUUCUUGGGCGCAAGGGGAACGACUGCAAAAUGCGUUACGAAAACAAAUUAUGCAACCACCUAUCGACCCUGAUGUUUAUUUCGGACCGGUACGAACGCCUCUGCUAGACAAAAUUUUUGCAAGAAAUCGCACACAUUAUAAUAAGCGAACAUCUUCUGCCCUGUGGACAUCACCAAUGAGUAAUCCGAAGAAAGGAACGAGUAAAUUUUUCGAACUGCAGAAUGUCAAUCGCUGUAGUAAACUAUGA